GAGAGAGAGAGAGAAGGGGACAAGACUUCGUGGUACUAUACUACUAUUACUAAUGCUGCAACAUUUUGUGUUGUAUUUAUUGGUGGGGGGAGAGAGAGAGAGAUGGAGGUGGGGACUUUUGGAUCACAUGGGAAAUGGGAACAUGGAUUGGAAACAUGCAUGCCAUCUUUCGCUUGGUAAUGGGAUUGGGGCACCAUUUCGUACAAGAAAAGUCACAAGCAAAUAAUCCGUCUGAGUUUUCUUUUUUAACUUUCUUUAAUAAUGUUAAUCUCUUCUCCAUUUGGGGAAGAAAAAAGAUUUGUUUUACAGCUAUAGAAUCCCCUUCCUUGCUUGCAUUUCAUAAUAAACUCCAUCAGCAAGAAAACCCAUUUCUAAACCCAUAUAUCAGUGAAAGAAAAAAUGAGGCACUAUCAAGAAUGGAGCCAAGAUUGUUUGAAGCUUCUCGUUUGGGUGAUAUCCCUGGAUUGCACUCUUUGCUUGCAGAAGACCCUCUUAUACUUGAGAGAGUUGGGUUAAACACAGUUGAGAAUCCUCUGCAUGUCUCAUGUUUGGCUGGUAAAACUGAGAUAGCCAAAGAAAUUGUAUCCCUCAGGCCAGAAUUUGUUAGAGAGCUUAAUGGACAUGGUUUUAGCCCCUUACAUAUUGCUUCAGCAAAUGGCCACCUUGAGAUUGUAAGAGAGCUUUUACAUUCUGUUGGGAAUGAUAUAUGCCUUUUGAAAGGGAAAGAUGGCAAAGUUUCUUUCCAUUGUGCAGCAAAUAGAGGGAAAGUUGAUGUUUUGAGGGAAUUGGUUUUGGCUUGUCCCGAGUCUAUUUCUCAAGUGACUGUUAGAGGGGAAACUGCUCUUCAUCUUGCUGUGAAGAAUAACCAGUUUGUGGCUUUCAAGGUUUUGAUGGAAGAGCUUGUGAGACUUGAAAUGAUGGAGAUUGUAAACUGGAAGGACAAGGAGGGGAACACCAUUUUGCAUUCGGCAACCAUGAAUAAGCAGCAUGAGACCAUAGAAUUGUUGAUUGGUGAUGUCAGUGCUACCGGUGUCGAUCUAAAUUCUAUAAACUCAAGCGGAUUCACACCCAGAGAUGUCCUGGAUUUCAUUCUUCAAAGUGGAGGUGAAUCAUCUGAUUAUAAAAUGGUGGAAAUAUUUCAACAAGCUGGAGCUCUCAAAGCCCGGGACCUUGUAACGAGUACUUCUAGAUGCUCUCAUAUUCAUCAAGUACAAUCUACUGAAGCAAAUCCAACAUCAGCCCUUUCUCAUCUAAUGAAUCUUCGCAGGGAAUUAACAAAAGAAAUCGAAAGUUCAUCAAUGGAAACUCAAAGUGCAUUAAUGGUUGUAGCUGUGCUGAUAGCAACAAUGACAUAUCAAGCCAUACUAAGCCCUCCAAGUGGGUUUUGGUCUGCAGAGUCUGGCAAAUCUCAUAUCAGUAAUUGCAUUCGUCAUAGGAAAGAAAUUGCUGUAGGAGAGGCUAUUAUGGGAACUGAUCCUGAAGUUUAUGCUGUAUUUACUGUUUUCAAUGCGAUUGGUUUUUUCGCUUCUGUUGGAAUGAUCUAUCUCCUUACCAGUGGAUUUCCUUUAAGAGCUGGCUUGAGGCUUGCCAUACUGUCCAUGACUGCUACAUAUGUUAUUGCAAUGGUUUAUGAAGCUCCAACAAAGAUGAAGAUAGUGUUUACUGUGGUUUCAUUUAUGGGAUUGAUUGUCCUUGUGGAGCUUGCAAGGUUUGUGCUAUGGCUAAUGAGGAAAUGUGGUGUCCUUCCCAUUAAUUGGAAAAGAAAAAGAUGCUUCAUUGAUGGAAACCAAUUGGGUGUUUGAAAAAGUAAAUGCUUUGAUUUUUCAUGUACUACUUUUCAUCAAUUCCAUCUAUAUUCGUAACUUGUUCUUUUGGUGUUCA